AUGUCUGGGUUCGAAGUGGUUGGGGUAGUCCUCGGUGUUCUGCCACUCGCGAUAGAGGCCCUCAAGACGUACAAGUCCACUCUUUCGUCGAUGAAGAACGUGGAGCGGAGUCUGAAGGCCUUGAUUCAAGAUCUCGAAACCGAGCAAGUCCGGCUCCGAACAACAUGCGAGGUUCUCCUUGAGGGCAUCGUGCCACUUUCAAUGAUAGACACAUUGCUCGAAAAACCGUUUGGACCGCAAUGGGAGCCAUACGACCAUCAACUACGGCUCCGGCUCUGGACAUCAUCUGGGAAGUUUGAGGAGCAGGUGGCCGAGAUGCAGAAGGCAGCCGAGGAGUUGAAGAAUAAUCUAUCUAUUCAAGCGGCUGGCAAGGGGAAGAUAAUAACCGACAGAGUUACGAUUCUCCAAGAACUAAAACGCGGAACAUCUUUCACCCUAAAGAGAAAGGACUACGAGAAUAUCAUAUCAAGGAUCAAGACCGGAAACGCGGUUCUUCACGAACUGGCUGGCCAGAACUGCAGACUCGAGCCAAACAGACGGCGCCGCUCUCAAGCUCGAGUCAUCAACCUUAUCAGAGGGCUAUCUCAGAGCAUCUUUAACGCUCUACAAAACGCGACCACGUGUUGCUGCGCAAAGUCCCACCGCAUAUGCCUGGAACUGGUCCACAGGAAGGCGGUUCUGGUGCCGAACGACGUUGAGGAGCAAAUUGCGAGGAAUUUUAAUUUCCACGCAGUUCUAGGGUCGUUCGGUGGCUCCAUCCCCUCUCAAAACAACGAGACUGGAGAGAUGGUACUUUCAGAUCCGCCUGCGCGCUGGGCGUGUUUUUCUCUUCAGCUUGAAGAGCCCGACCAUGAACCCGCAACGACUCCAGUUUCGUUGGCGCCGACACUAAACGACCAAAAGCCUAAACGAAUGGUUAGGUGGCCUGCUUCACUAAGGCCGUCGACAGAAGGGAAGGCAUCGGCCACAAAGACAUUAGUAGAGGUGUCCAAGAGUUCGGCUCUUCACCCAGAGUUGGCAACGAAAUACGAGCUACCAAGAGUGUCGAAUUUAUGCCAAGUUAUCCCGAGAUGGCGUAAAGGACCAGCGGUGUCUUGUUAUGGAUAUGUUGCCGACAUCCACCGCAAGUUUGGACUAUACCCUCAAGAAAAUCAGCUGGAGUCACACACGACGAUUACACUUCGCCAGUUGCUUGAGGGACAUUUGUCGGAUUCCCAGGUGGGCUACAUCAGAAAGCUCGAAAUUGCUCUGGCAAUUUCAACCAGCAUUUUGCACCUCUACAACACGGCAUGGCUUACGAAAAUGAUCACACUGGACGAUGUUCUUUUCUUUCGGGGAAAAGAAGACGUCUCACUCUCGAAUGUGCAGUCAUUGUCCCAACCAUUCGUGGCUAAGAGUAUUUCGGAGGCGAACCAAAGCCAUGUUGGCCAGUCCCAGCAAGACACAUUUACCCAACAGCGACCGAUAAACCUGAUGGUUUUAUCCCUCGGCGUGUUACUCAUCCAAGUCAUCAUUGGAAAGGCCAUCGAAACUCUAGACAUGACCGAGUGCAUGGACCUGGAUGCAAUUCUUGCGAUGAAUCAGGCUGGGAAGAGUUUCAAUGGUCAGAUUCUAGAGAGCGGCGGAAUGAACUACACGACUGUUGUUGACUGGUGUCUGAAUACCGUCUUCAGCACUGGUGGAUUGGAGAAUGAGAACGUAAGCCAGAACUUUUAUGUGGAAGUGGUGGCGAGACUUGAGGAAGAUGUCAAAAUAUUGACGGCCAGUUGAU